AUGUUGCGAAUUCGGAUGAUGGCAUCGGGUGAAGAGAUAGCUGCGAUUGAGCAAGACCAAGUUCAGAGUAUGACUGAAGCUCCUGGGGGUCCCGUCCGUGGACUGAAAUCCUACCUGUGGUCCCGGCUUGGCAUACCGAGGUUUCGGCAAAGGCUGUUGACUCAAAGUGGCGAUAUCCUGGGGGAUGCCGCCAAUAUCCAAUCCUUGAGUGACUUACAGCUGGUUCUUCUUCAGUUUCUGUCGACCUCAGAGAGACAAGCGGAUGAGCUGUGCAGGUCCGUGGGCAUUGCGUCUCGUCUCCGACACCUCCUGCAGAUGCCACUCGAUCCGGACUCAAGAAAUUCCAGGGGCUUUGCAGCUCUGCACCUAGCUGCAACGCGGGGAUCUUUGCCAGCCUUGUCGCUGUUGCUAGAAGCAGGAGCAGACCCGGACGUGGCAGGCGCUACGCCACUUCGUGCAGCAGAGGCAAGUGGUGCCAGUGCAGAGACCCGCGCAGUGCUGGCUAGAGCGGAUUCGCUGAGGAGUGCCUUCCAGCGCGACAACAAGCGCCUCGGUGAGCUCCGGGCCCGUGAGAGGACGGAGCAGGAGGUCGCCAAGCAGUAUGAGAAGCUUCAUGAGCUCGCCUCGGCCCUCCUCCUCUGCAUUGCGCCGGGCGACCUGGGCCGUGAAGAGGUGGGAGGCAAAGGCUAUGGUUUCCUGGAGUUCCAGGGGCGGCAAGUCGGCAACGACAAAGGCGACGACCUGGGCGAUCGCCUCUCCCGACAGCGCGCCAGAGACCUGCGCAGCAGCGCCAAGGAUGCCUUGUGCGCCGUCCUGUCCUGCCUUUGCUGCCGGACAGAGAAGGUUUCGGUGAGUGCUAUGUUCAAGAAGGGCUCCAAGCAGCUGGUCGAGGACCACCUGGAUGGUCAGAUGCCGGUGACCCAGAAAGCGGACACGAAGGAGCCUAAGCCCGAUGCCCACGUGGCACUGGACCAGAAGACUCAGAAGCAGGAUUUCCCCACCUUUCCGCCUCUUGGCAACAUCGACAGCAUCAUCAAAUCCGCGCAGGACUCCAUCAACAAGACCAUCGAGUCCGGCAAGGAGGCAGUGGAGGGUGCCGUGGAGGGCGCGAAAACCGUGGCGCUGGACGUCCUGGAGGCUGGCGCCGAGAAGGUGAACGAGACGCUGGACAAGCUGGGCGGUGAGGUCUCCGAGGCGAAUUCCACCGCCCUGAGCGCCAUGGAGAAGGCAGAGUCGAAGGUCAAAAUGGCCGACAACAAGGCCGAGGCGUUCGCUGAUGCUGGGAAGGACCUCCUGCAGUCAAUUCUGCCCAAGUUUCAGGAGCUCGUCAGCGGGCUCCACGGCGCCAUGGGCGCGGCCGACAAGGCACUGGACGCCAUGGACGAGAAGCCGGCAGCUAAGAAGUUGGAUGAUGCCAUGUCGCCCGUUUUCGCCACCAUCGACUCCUGGAAGAACUCGGCCAGCGAGGUGAUCAAGACCUUGUCUGCGUACGCGAGCCAGGUGUCUGGCGCCGGCAACGCCAGCAACGCCAGCAACGCCUCCCUCUUGGACAUGGGCGGCCCCGAGGCCAAACUAGCGGACGCCCUCCGGGACCCCUUGGAAGGGCUGAAGCUUGCGGCCGGCCAGCUGCACAACUUGGCGAACGACACCUUCGAUGCCAUGAACAACUUCGUGGAUGCGGGCCUGGAUGCUGCCUCAGGGAAGCUGCCAGACGACCUGAUCGCCAACGUCUCCGACAUCUUUGAGGGCGUGCAGGAGAAGGCCCGAUUGGAGCUUGAGCCGAUUGGCGCUGUGGGCGACGAGAUCGUGAAUGCCCUCUACAACACCGCCCAGGAGCUUCGAGCCUGGCUUGAGGACUUCGACGACGAGCGGCCUGUCCGUGGCUACUUCGCCCAUGCCCUCGUGGAGGCCUCAAGCAGAUUUCGGAUCGCUAUGGGCACAGGACCGAGGGCUGCAAGCAGGCUCGCCUGCUUGCUAGUCACGUUCGAGAUGCCCUUUGGCAAGGCACUGGAGCACAUGGACUUCGCCGGCCCCCUCCCUGCUGGCCAUCUCCGAGCACCACGCGCGCGGCGCCAGUACGCUUUGCAAGAGAUCGCAGUGGAGGGUGGUCGGAGCAAGGAGAGAUUGCGCCCUGCCGAGACGCUGAAGCCGGAGCAGGCUCUGAAGGCAGCGCUUUACAACGAGACGCCGGCCAUCCUUUUGGAUGUGUACGCAGCACUGGCUCCCCGACUGGCCGUCAAAGAGCACGGCCUGGGCGAGGUGGUGAAGGCAGAGUUCGUGGGCCUGCUCCGCCGAGCCAAGGAGGAGAGGAAGAUCCUCAUCUUCAUGCUUGGCGGCCCCAGCCCGGUGGAACUCGCCGAGAAGGUCUACCUGAAGGACCAGUACGUUGCCAUGGGUCUCCGGUGUGGAUACCUGCGAUGGCGCGAGUCUCCCGACCACUCCUGGCGCCGCCAGAAGUGCUACGACCAGCGGUUGAUUCUUGGUCUGAUGAUGCCGUGA